UACUAUAUUUCUCUUUGAUAUUAGCGUUGCUCGUGGUCGGUUGUUUUUAUUUUGUGCUUUAUUUAAUUUCAUUAAAAUGACUUAUAAUUUGAACUUAUGAUAUAAUUGUUGAAGUGAAUAAACUAUCAAAAUGUCGCUCGAAAUUCCGUUAAUGAGUACAGAUGAGGUGAUUGAGCUAGAUCCUGAUCAAUUGCCCUCUGGAGAUGAAGUCCUCGGCAUAUUACAACAGGAAAGAUCUCAACUUAAUGUUUGGAUCAAUGUCGCGCUUGCAUAUUAUAAACAAAAGAAAAUCGAUGACUUUCUUAAAAUAUUGGAGGCGUCCCGAGUGGACGCCAACAUCGACUAUCGAGACUUUGAAAGGGAUCAAAUGCGAGCCCUCGACAUGCUGGCCGCAUAUUAUGUUCAGGAGGCGAACAAAGAGAAAUCAAAAGAUAAAAAGAAGGAAUUGUUUACAAAAGCUACACUCUUAUAUACAAUGGCAGACAAAAUCAUCAUGUAUGAUCAGAACCAUCUUCUCGGUCGAGCAUAUUUUUGUUUACUUGAAGGUGACAAAAUGGAACAGGCAGAUGCACAGUUCAACUUUGUGCUCAAUCAGUCGCCAAAUAAUGUCCCCUCAUUGCUUGGAAAAGCGUGCAUAGCCUUUAAUCGCAAAGAUUACAGAGGUGCCCUCGCUUUCUACAAGAAGGCUCUUCGAACAAAUCCCGAUAGCCCUGCCGCUCUCAGAUUAGGCAUGGGACAUUGUUUUAUGAAAUUAAACAACCAAGAAAAAGCUAGAAUGGCAUUUGAGAGAGCCCUGCAGUUAGAUCCACAAUGUGUUGGAGCCCUUGUAGGCCUCUCAAUUUUAAAACUCAAUCUACAAGAAAAUGAGUCAAACAAGAUAGCAGUUAUCAUGUUGUCGAAAGCAUAUGCUAUCGAUCCCAAGAAUCCUAUGGUUUUAAAUCACUUAGCUAAUCAUUUCUUCUUCAAAAAGGACUACAGCAAAGUUCAACAUCUCGCUUUACACGCGUUCCACAACACGGAAAACGAGGCGAUGCGCGCCGAGAGUUGUCACCACCUCGCGCGAGCGUUUCACGCGCAGGGCGAUUGCGAUCAGGCUUUCCAGUAUUACUAUCAGGCCACACAGUUUGCGCCGCCCAACUUCGUGCUGCCACACUAUGGGCUCGGCCAGAUGUAUAUUUAUAGAGGAGAUACAGAAAAUGCCGCGCAGUGCUUCGAAAAGGUUCUAAAAGCCCAGCCCGGUAACUAUGAGACCAUGAAGAUCCUUGGCUCUCUAUACGCCAAUUCACCGUCUCAGUCGAAACGAGAUAUUGCUCGGCAACAUCUUAAGAAAGUAACCGAACAGUUUCCUGACGACGUAGAAGCGUGGAUCGAGUUAGCCCAGAUAUUAGAACAGAAUGAUUUACAGGGUUCCUUAAAUGCUUAUAGUACUGCAAUGAAGAUAUUGAAAGAAAAAGUAAACGCUGAUAUUCCAGCGGAAAUUUUGAACAAUGUCGCCGCCUUGCAUUAUCGGCUCGGGAAUCUGCAUGAAGCUAAAAAAUAUCUGGAGGAGGCUUUAGAAAGAGAAAAAGCUGAUGCGGAAACACUUGACGCCCAGUAUUACAACUCUAUAGCAGUUACAACCAUGUAUAAUUUGGCACGAUUGAAUGAAGCACUCUGUGUAUACAAUAAAGCUGAGAAGCUAUAUAAGGAUAUAUUAAAAGAGCAUCCGAACUACGUCGACUGUUAUUUAAGGCUAGGUUGUAUGGCUCGUGAUAAGGGUCAGAUAUAUGAAGCGUCUGACUGGUUCAAAGAAGCACUCAAAGUGAACACAGAACAUCCAGAUACUUGGUCACUCUUAGGGAAUCUCCAUCUGGCUCAGCAGGAAUGGGGACCAGGGCAGAAGAAAUUUGAAAGAAUUCUCCAAAUAUCCUCUACAUCAAACGACGCCUACUCACUGAUCGCUCUCGGUAAUGUUUGGCUUCAAACGCUACACCAGCCAUGCCGCGAGAAAGAUAGAGAAAAGAGGCAUCAAGAACGUGCACUGGCCAUGUACAAACAAGUGCUCAAAAAUGACCCGAAAAAUAUAUGGGCAGCUAAUGGCAUUGGUUGUGUUUUAGCUCACAAGGGUUGUAUAAAUGAAGCUCGCGAUAUAUUUGCGCAAGUACGCGAGGCCACGGCCGACUUCCCCGAAGUUUGGAUGAACAUCGCGCACAUCUACGUCGAGCAGAAACAGUACAUCAACGCAAUACAAAUGUACGAGAACUGCAUCCGCAAGUUCCGCAUGCACCAUGACGUGGAGUGGCUGACGUGGGUGGCGCGCGCGCAGGCGCUGGCGGGGCGCGCGCGCGCAGCGCGGGCGGCGCUGCUGCGCGCGCGCCGCGUGGCGCCGCACGACUCCGCGCUGCUGUACAACGCCGCGCUGGCGCUGCGCCGCCUCGCCGCGCACGUGCUCAAGGACGAGCGCGCCGAGCUGCGCGCCGUGCUGCGCGCCGUGCACGAGCUGCAGCUCUCGCACAAGUACUUCCUGCGCCUGGCCGCCGCCGACGCGGCCGCGUCCGCGCCCGGCGCCGCGCCGCCGCCCGCCGGCGCGCCCGCCGACGGCGCCGAGCGCGCGCGCUACGAGCCGGCGGCGGCGGCGGCCGAGGCGCGCACGUGCGCCGACCUGCUGUCGCAGGCGCAGUGGCACGUGGCGCGCGCGCGCCGCCAACACGACGAGGAGCUCACGCUGCGCGACCGCCAGCGCGAGCAGCGCGAGGCCUUCCGCCGCCAACAGGAAGAAGAGAGGCGUCGCCGCGAAGAGGAACAGCAAAAGAGCACAGUGGAAAUGCUGCAAAAACGGCAGGAAUACAAGGAGAAGACGAAGAACGCCCUCCUAUUCGCGGAAAUGCCAUCAGAACCGAAGCCCAAGGGCCGCGGCCGCCGUCGCGACGAGUACGUCUCUGACUCGCCCAGCGACAGCGAAGCGCCCAGGGAGGAAGGAGAAUCGAAAGUUCGAAAACGAAAACGCGAGCCCAAAGAAAACAGGAAGGGACGAUCGCGUAAACGUCGAACCUCAGGCAGCGAAAGUGACCCGCCGCGGAAGAAGGGCCGCAAAAAGGGCGAAAAAGGUAUUGGACGUCGCGAAAAAGCCAAAGCGGCCGAGGAGAAGCUUAGCGCGAAACAACGCGCCAAGAUCGUCUCGAAGGAGACCAUAUCAACGUCGGAGUCUGACUCAGAUCACGAUCGCAAAAACCGCAGCCGCAGCCGUAGCCGUAGCCGCAGCCGUAGCCGUAGCGGUAGUCGCAGCCGCAGCCGCAGCCACAGCCGCAGUCGCAGCGGCAGUGGUAGCCGCAGUCGCAGUCCGCCCACUAACAAAGGCCGCAAGAGGAUCAUUUCGGCUUCAGACAGCGAUGGGGCAAACCGGAAGUCGCUAUCCAAAAGCCGUUCCCGGUCUCGUUCUAAAAGUGGAUCUCGAGCUGGCUCGCGAUCCAAAAGUGGGUCUCGGGCUCGUUCCCGUUCUAAAAGCGGUUCUCCUGCUAGAUCACGAUCCAAAAGCGGAUCUCGAUCCCGGUCGCGCUCAAAGAGCAAAUCUCGAUCCCGGUCGCGCUCAAAGAGCAAAUCUCGAUCCCGGUCGCGCUCAAAGAGCAAAUCUCGAUCCCGGUCGCGCUCAAAGAGCAAAUCUCGAUCCCGGUCGCGCUCAAAGAGCAAAUCUCGUUCCCGCUCUCGCUCUAAAUCGGAUUCUCGAUCACGCUCUCGAUCCAAAAGCGGAUCACGUUCCAAAAGCCGCUCGCGCAGCAAGUCAGGUUCUCGAUCCCGAUCUGGCUCAAGAUCUCGCUCCGGUUCCCGGCCUGACACACCUGUCUCAGCAAAAUCAGUAUCCGCCAGCGAAGACGAAGCAUAAGUUCUGUAUAUUAAUUAUCUACUCAUGUAGUUUCUUUUAAUUUUUAUUUAAGGUACAUUAAUAUUGUAAUAAUAUUUUAUCUAGCCUGCAAUUAUUAAUAAAUAUAUAAAGUGCA